UUCUGUCGAAAUGCCUACUCACAAUUCUCACCCUUCUCUUCCUCCUCUACUGUUGUCCAUCUACAUCUUGACUGAAUUUUAGAAGCCAUGACAGGGUUGGUAUCGCCAUCACCUUGUGCUCAUGUGGUGGUGUUCCCUCAUAUGGCUCAGGGACAUGCACUCCCAUUACUAGACAUAUGCAAGGCCCUAACAAGCCUCGGCCUCAAAGUCACCAUCAUCACCACCCCAAAGAAUGCCCCACUCAUCCUGUCAAAGGUAUCGAACUACACUGAAAUCUCCUUGCGCACCAUACAGUUUCCUAGAGUCCCAGAGCUUCCUGAAGGAUGCGAGAACACUGCCGAUCUGCCUUCCAUGGCUUUGUUGGUGCCUUUCUUGAAAGCCACCAAGUCCAUGAGACCCGCCUUUGAGUGUAUUCUCAGGGAGAUGUCUGAAGCCGGGUCUCUCCCGCUCUGCGUGAUUACUGAUUUUUUCCUAGGAUGGACGCUCGACGUGUGUCGGUCUUUCGGAAUUCCUAGGAUUGCCUUCCAUGGGUUGGGGGUUUUGUCUAUGGUCAUCUUGAAAACUGCCUUCGGGAAUGUCCCGUCCCUCAUGGCAAUGCCCGAUUCCGAUCCUAUCAGACUGCCGAAGUUGAGCGUUCCUUUCACAGUCUAUAAGUGUGACAUCUCCGAUUUGGAGCAGUGCAAAGACCUUAAUGACCCUUUCUUGCCUAUACUAGCAGAGCUUGGAGAGGCGGAUGCAAACAGCGCGGGCCUAAUCGUCAACAGCUUCGAAGAGCUCGAAGGUGAUUAUGUUGCUGCCCUGGAAACAUUUUACUGCCAGGGGGCAAGAGCUUGGUGCAUCGGGCCGGCUUUGCUCUACGACCAGAAUCAGAUAGAGAGACCUGUGGGAUCCAAACAGGCAGACCCACCUCAGUCCUACAUCAAGUGGCUGGAUGAGCGUGUUGAAACGAGCGGAGUGAUAUAUGUAUCAUUCGGAACACAAGCACACUCGAGUGACCUGCAAAUGGACAAUAUAGCUCAUGGACUGGAGAUGGCAGGGUAUCCGUUCAUAUGGGCAGUAAAAUCGGCAACUUGGGUGUUGCCGGACAACGGAUGGGAGGAUCGGUUGAAAGGGAGGGGCUUGGUGGUGCACGAUUGGGUGGACCAGCGGCGCAUCCUGUCGCACCCAGCGAUAGGCGGGUUCUUGAGUCAUUGCGGCUGGAACUCAGUGCUGGAAAGCUUGUCAGAGGAGGUGCCAAUACUGGCGUGGCCAACGGGUAAUGACCAGCCACUGAAUGCUAAGCUUGUGGUUACGGGGCUCGGGGCCGGGGUUAUGGUGAGAGAAGGUGGUGUCGGGGGGACAAUUGCUAGCGAGGUGAUAAGGGAUGGAGUUAAGGAACUGAUGGGAGGGGAGAGAGGAAGGCAGGCUAGGGACAGGGCAAGAAAGAUUGGUAGAUUGGCAAGGCAAGCUGUGGAGAAGGAGGGUGGAUCAUCCUACAAGAAUUUGGGAGGCUUCAUUAAGUUUCUUAAAGAAAGAGUUAAGGUGAGAGUUUAGGUAGGUUCUUUUAAUUUGUUUUCCUGGCACAAUGAGGCUUAGAAUUAGAUGAUACUUGGAGGUGGUAACUAAGUAAAAAAUAAAACAUGUAACAGAGCCUCAUCGAAAUAUUGUGCCUCAUUUCUCUUUCGAUAUGUGACUAGUUUCGGCAAAGGAAAGCUUGCCGCCAUGAUGUAGAUAUAAAAGUAGAACCUAUGUGCUUCCUUAAAUUCGUACUAUUUCAUUUACGGAAA